GGGCGGCCGGGCAAAGGCGGAAGGACUCGGCGCGCCGGGCGGCCCAGCGCAGAGCUGUUUCCUUCCCUCACGCAGCGGCGCCCCCGCCGAGCCCCCAGGUCCCGAGCCGGAGCCCCCAGCCCCGCGGGCGCCAUGCGGGAGCAGCUGCUGUUGUUCUGCAACUGGAGCACGCUGGGCGUGUGCGCCGCGCUCAAGCUGCCGCAGAUCUUCGCGGUGCUGGCGGCGCGCAGCGCGCGGGGCAUCAGCCUCCCGAGUUUACUUCUGGAGCUGGCGGGUUUCCUCGUGUUUCUCCAGUACCAGUGUUACUAUGAGUACCCGCUGCUCACCUACCUGGAGUACCCCAUUCUCAUCGCACAAGAUGCCCUCCUCCUGCUGUGUGUCUUCCAUUUCAAUGGGAACGUGAAAGGGGCAGCACCCUACCUCGCUGUGUAUCCUUCCGUCUGCAUCCAGGAAUCAAUGGGACGAGGUGUUACCUGCUCGCAGUGUGUGUUAACGCUGGGUAGAUUCGUGGCCUCGUGGUUCGUCCUUCCCCUGCAGAAGUGGAUCAUAGAUCUGGCCAUGAAUCUAAGUACUUUCAUCAGCACGGCCAGCAAGUUUGCUCAGCUCCAGUACCUGUGGAAGACCCGGGACUCGGGAGCCGUGAGCGCCCUGAGCUGGAGCCUCGCUUCGUACACCUGUGCGACAAGAAUAAUAACAACUUUAAUGACCACCAGUGACUUUACAAGAAGUUCUUCAAUCCAAGAUCAGAUACAUAUUCACCUAUUUUCUUCUGUGUCAUUUAAUGGAUUUAUAUUUGACAUUUCAAGUUGUACACAGCUUUUUCAUUUUUAUCCAAAUAAUCAGUCUGUUAACUUUCUAAUAUUUAUAAAUGGAAAAGAUUAAAACUAAAAUAAUGGUAACAUGGGGCACCUGGGUGGCUCAGUUGGUUGAGCAUCCAACUCUUGAUUUCAGCUCAGGUCAUGAUCUCAGGGUCAUGAGAUGGAGCCCUGUGUCGGGCUCCGCACUGGGCAUGAGGCCUGCUUAAGAGUCUCUCCCUCUGCCCCUCCCCCCCAAUAAAUAAAUAAAAUAAUGAUAACAUAAGAGCUCUCCCUCACCCUUAAGUUGUAACUGUGUUGGCAAUGCUUUAUUUCUUAAAACUGGGUAAAUGAGCAUUUGUUGCAUUUUUGCUUUAUACUUUUCUGUGUGGCUUAAAUAUUGCAUUUUAAAGAAGACCUUUAAAAGAAAAAUAAUUAAAGAGAAAUGCCCUCAGCAAAGACCAGCAUUCUGUGUCCUACUUUGGAACAAAAUAAGGAUCGCUCCAAACCAUCUUUAUCACAAAUGAACAUUAUAUUCACAAAUUUUCUACUUUUCCAGCAUUAUUUUUUUUUUAAUUCAAAGUUACCAAGAAAACAUUCCUCUGGAAUAGCAUUUCUACACAUUAUGUUUUAUAAGCUGUCAAUUAAUUCAUUUCUACUCGUAUCACUGUGAGGCAGUGCAGUAUUACAGCUGAGAAUGUAGGAUCUGGAACUAGACUACCCGGAUCUGAACUCAUGGCUUUGUUGCUUAUUUGGUGUGUGAUCUCAGAUACACAGAGCUUCUGUGCCUUAGCCUCCAUGUCUGUUAAAUGGAGACAUUAAGAGCUAAAUCACAGGGUGGUUAUGAGGAUAAAUAAUUCAGUACACUUAAAACUCACAGAAGAGUGCCUGGCAUAUAAUAUGCCCUGAAAAAUGUUGUCUUCUACAAUAGUAACUAACACUUGUUUAACUAUCACUUCCCUACAGAAAAAGGGAAGUGCUGCAAAGAGUUAAAAGGAGAAUCAGAACCAGGAAUGUCACGAAAGCCAAAGGGAAAAAAAAUGUAAUGGUGUGGUCGUUAACAAACACCGAGGAAAAGUAAAAAAAAAAAAAAUCAGAUGAUUAUUUAUAGGUAUUAUGUUUUAAUGCAUAAUAUAUAUAAAUACAUUUGAUGAUUUUGAUAAAUGUCUAACAAAGCCAAACAUUUGUCUUAAGAAAGACACCAUGUGAGUUAGUUCAACUAAAGCUAGACUAUACAAAGAGCUAGAUAUUAAAUUACUGCUGAUAUCGACCAGAAAUGCUGUUCCUUGGUGGUCCUGGACGAUCCUUUCACAGCUCUACUAAUUUGUCUACUGGAAUGUUAUAAAUUAGUGGAAUGUUAAAGGCCAUCAAGUCCAAUGCUUGACUCCCCUUCUAGAGCCAUGCUGUUCUGUCAGACUAUAUACACAUGAUAAAUUGAGGAGGGUGCUCUUUCCCAGUGUCACCAAGCAGUCACCUGAAUCAGGUACUAACACUGUUGGUGACAGGGCAUGCACUAUUCUAGAGCAAGCAAAGUCUUCCAAUUUUGGAAAUCUCUGACUGCCUGAUACUUUUCCCUUGCUGAGUUACAAAUGUGCCUCUCUGCACUCAUCUACAGAGAAGUCCUCUAAAUCUUUACUGCUGUUUACCAUCUCCCAUCCUUCCAAAUAAUUUCUUCAGAAGGCUAAAUAUCCUUAGUUCCUUCACUUGCUGCACAUGUAACACUUUUAAAUGAUCCAUUACUCCCUCUGUUAUUCUAUUCUGUAUAUCCUCCAAUUUGUGUAUACUACUCUUAAAAUGUGACACCCAAAAUGAAAUGCAAACUUUAGGGUGAUUCAUGUGAGACAGACACAGAUCCAAUUUUAUGAAUUAAUGAAGCAAUGGAGUCACAGAUGUUAAAGACAAUGGAAAUAAUGCUGCAGAUACAUAAUAAAAUACAAAACUGCAUCUUAAAUGUGCCCAUCUUUAUGCUUAAAAUUUCAGAGUAUAUUAGACAAAAAGUGUUCACAAAAAUACCCUAUACAUCUUAGAGUCAGUUUUGAUAUUAGUUUUAUGUACAUGCAUAGUUGUGAGAGAAAGAAAUCCCUAUUACUUACUGUUGCUAUGUAAAAUGUAUUAAAAAAUCAAUGAAGAAUGAUUCGAAGGGCAGGGCCAGAACUAAAACAAAACAAAAAGCAACAAAAAUAAAAAGUAAAUGUGCCUCCAAAAAACCAAAAUGCUAAAGUGGGGAAGAAGGGGAUGACAAAGUAUUUAUAAGUUAGUGAACAUGAAAAUUGUUAUGUAACUGAAACCAUGCCUCACUUAGUCUGAAAUCCGCUUCCAUAAACGAAUUCUAUGUGUUAUCACAAGUAGUGAAAUCAUUAAUUUAUCAAAUAGUACCAGAGAGUAAAAUGUAUUAAAGGAGUGGAGUUCUUACAGUCCUGAAUCUGAAAUUAUUUGCCCUUCUAAAGUCUCAAUCAAAAAGAAAGAUAAUAAUACCUCUCUAUUCUACU